AUUGAAAAAAACUGUACAAAUACUUAGAGUGAGGGAAAAAUAUAAAUUAGCAAACAGAUUGGAUGAGAAUUAUCAAACCAUAUACAAUCAACUCAAAUUUGUCUCCUCUGUAGACAGGUAAUUAAAGUCAAAGGAAAGAAAACAUUUCAACUGCCCAAAGGCAAGUACAAGCCCUACAGCAAGGAAAUGAAAACAAUAAGAAGCAACAAUUCUGUUUGUGAGAGAUGCUUUGCCUGGAAAGGAUUAAAUGCACUUUCCUCAUUUGGAGAAAAAGAGGGUACCAAAAAUGUUUCUGAGUCAAAAUCUGCUUAGUCCAGCAUGACAUAUUUUCCUACAAAACAUCUUACCAAGAAGUUACUUUGGAAAAGCAGGUGCUUUUCCACAAAGUUUAGCAGGGAACACUGGCCAAUUUCCCAAUGCUUUGCCUUGAAUAGCAGCAUGUUUAGUUCCCCCCAUUAGGCUAAAGGAUAAAACAUGAAGUACUAGUUAAGAGGCACACAACCACUGAAUGUUUCUAUCACUGACAUGAAGAGAUAAGCUAAAUUUCAGCUGGCCCUAUUUGCUUUCCAGCCAAGGAAGAAAACCCCUAAAUGAAACAAAAACAGCCAACAACAACAAACCAUCCCCACACAACAACAACAGUAUGCAGAAACUUCUACAUUUCCUUCCACAGGGUAAUAGAUACAUUUCAAAGACAUUUUAAAUUAAAAACUGAAGUUUACUUUUCUUUCUACAUUAUUAGCAAGCAUAUUUGACUAUGUUAUAUUUGUAGAAGAGAAAGGUCUACUUUCAAUAAGAAAAUACAAAUGUUGAUGAGGUGCUAAUAAAUAUUUCUAACCAUUCACUCUGUAUAAUGCAACCUGACAUAAUAGACAUCAAAAUACAAAUUAAUUAUUUCACCUUUAACAAGCAGUCUAAGCUAUCAUCAAAGCUCAAGAAUUUCAGCUCUCCAGCGAAUCCAGUUUUGAUCAAAAGCUAUGAUACAUUACACCUUUACAACAGUCCUGCUUACUUAUGUAGAUGAGUUCCUCUUCUUAAAUUGCCUUAACCAGAGGUAAUUCUUUAUAAACAACACAAAUGGACAUCACUUUCUCUGUGAACUUUGUUAUACUGAUCCACCAAAGGGAACUAAUCUCUUGUAAAAACACACAAAGAAACAAAUUAGGUACGACAAAGAAAUAUUUUACUUCUAAACAGGUGGGAUUAGAAGGAUUAUAGAAAAGGUUACUCCUCAAUAUGAGUCAUUUUAAAAGAAUGAACUCAUCAGCCACUGAAGUAGUUUCCAUUCAACCUGUAAAAUAUAUAAAGUGUGCCAUUACAGGAAUGAAAAACAAUUAUUUACCACUGGAGAAGUUCUUAGCAUUUGAGAAGUGACAAACCUCUAUGCAAGCAUUAAAUAACUAAAAAAUGUACAUCUCAUCAUAUAUCCUAACGCUCUCCUUUCUCUCUCUCUUUUCUCAAGGUUUUCUGUUUUCAGUUUCAAAAUCUCUGCAAGGGAUAGAAGAUGAAGAUAUGCUGCUACCUACAUUAAAUCUAGGAAAAACUCUACAAAACAGAGACAAACCUAUGAACAGGGGAGCUAUACCUUUGCUGAAGUACUACAAGACUGAAGACCGCAGUGCUUUCAAUGAUAAGAACGCUGGAAACAUGAAGUUUUCGGACAGAGGCUCCAGACAUGAUUUCUUCAAUCAUGUUAUGCCAAUCAACUUAGGUAGAAAUCAACUACCUUAUCCUGCACUGAAGGGAAUCAUGGCUUUUCCAGUUGACACUGAAAUUCAAAAUAUUGAGUCAAUACAGGAAAGAGAGACCACAGAGGAAGAAAAUUCAGCUAAAUUUCCUAUAGGAAGAAGAGAUUUUGACAGUAAAUACAUUUUAUUUUUACACAAAAAAUUAUUUCAUUCUGGUAAAGUACACUGCAAUGUCAAUAUAGCAAUUUGGUAAAGGUACAUUUAGAGACUCCAUUAUUGUUAUGAUUUGGUGCACAGGGGAGGGAGCAUUUGUUAAAUUAAUAUUUCCAGAAGCCAUAAGAAUUAUGGUUCUUUGAUGAUUUAAACUUUCAGGCUCUCUUUUUCUUUCCCUGUAGUCC